GUUUUCAUUUUCUGUCAAAUCCAGUGUCACAACUUUUUAAUGGACUGGAAAUUUGUAAAAACUGUUUUGGAGAAGUUUUUCUAAAUUUGUGAGCUCAAGCAGAUAUCCACUGGUUUAAAAAUGCACAAGCUUAAACUAAACCAGAAGGAUAAAGUGAAAAAGUUCAUUUCUCUUACACAAACCGGAGAACAAACAGCAAUCUAUUGCUUGCAAAACAAUGAUUGGAAACUCGAUUUAUCCUGUGACAACUAUUUCCAAAAUCCAGACAUCUACUACCGAGAGCUGGACCGUAAGAAAGUUGAGCAACUUUUCAAUCGUUAUCGUGAUCCCGCUGAUCCGAACAAGAUAAACUCCGACGGGGUUGUAAAAUUCCUAGAUGAUCUUUAUCUUAGUCCGGAGUCGAAGCUAGUGUUGAUUAUUGCAUGGCGAUUCAAGGCAGAAACCCAGUGUGAGUUUAGCAAGGAUGAAUUCGUAAAUGGGUUCAGUGACUUAGGUGUAGAUAGCAUAGAUAAGCUUAAGGCUAAGCUGCCCUUACUCGAAGUGGAACUAAAGGAUGCGAUGAAGUUUAAGGAUUUUUAUCAAUUCACCUUCAAUUACGCUAAAGAUCCGGGUCAAAAAGGACUGGAUCUGGAAAUGGCUAUCGCCUACUGGAAUAUAGUGCUUAAGGAUAGGUUCAAGUUCCUGGAUCUAUGGUGUAAAUUUCUUGUGGAAAACCACAAAAGGUCAAUUCCUAAAGAUACCUGGAACCUACUUUUGGAUUUUGCUACUUUCAUCGAUGAUAGCAUGUCCAAUUAUGAUGCGGAGGGUGCCUGGCCGGUGCUGAUUGAUGACUUUGUCGAAUGGUGCCAGCAGCAGAACAAAGUAAGCCAUCCGUCUGUGAUCACUUCUACUAGCGCAGUUGGCAAUGUUUACUUACCGUCCACAUCUUCGUCAGCCGUUUCUUCGCCAUCAUCGACGAUGAACAAUCCCUACAGUUCCAGCAAAGGAAAUCCGUACAGCAGCAGCAGUAGCAGCAGUACGGCUAACAUGUACUACUAGGAGAACACUGCUGUAAUUGUGGUUGUUUCUCCUUUACUGUUUCAUAAAGGCUGUCAUCGUACAUAUUUGAAUGGAUACGACCUGUUUUUUUGUUAUUCCUUAUAUCGAACAUAUUCAUGGCAACAGACAUUGCUUGCGUAUUCUUUUGCCAUCGAACUUCGAUGUCCACUCUUAUAUGCAGGACAUUCUCACCACAAGAACAAACUCCCUGUUUCCGUUUGCUUCUUGAAAUAAAGAAUUAAAUUCAAAACUAUGUUGCAUCUUGUACGGAAUGACACAAUUGAAUCGACUCACACAUACGCGAAGAAUCUGUUUAUUCGUAGUACAUAGUCAGGCCAUAAUAGAAAUGAAGAAUUCUUGGUGGGUGUACAGACAUGUGACAGUGUUUGCAGUCAAUAUCUUGCAACAAAAUCAGUUUGAAUGUUAGAGAUAGUAGUGCAAAAUACUUUCUGUUAAAUACAAAUCUUUGGAGUAAACGAAACAAAGAAGAUCUAUUUGGAUUCAUUGAAUGUUGAAUAAAUCUACACUUAUAAUGAAUGAUAACUACCCUCAUUGAGAUUAGGUGUAAGAAAUUAA